UCUUCGCCGGUCUUUCGUGUUUAGUUAGUUUGGUGUGCGAAAUCAUCAUAAAAAUAUCAAUUGCAAACGACAUUACAAGUGAUAAGGAUGGAAUCGAGUGAUAUAAGUGAUUGUGCUCCGAGGGUGAAGGAGGAGCCUCGCGAUGAAAUGAUGGACGAGAAACCCGAUUUGAAGAACUUUCCACUUUUACCCUUUCCGCGAGAAAAUUCGACUCACAGCUUCCAAAAAUGUGACGAAAAUCAUCAACAUAGACUUCUAGACGGAGUGGAAGUAGUUAUUGAAUGUGAAUAUGCGAAGCCCAACAUUAAAUCAUUAGCAGUUGACAAAAUUGAGGAAGAUUCCCUAAAUAACUUAAGGAAUGCACAAGGUAGCAAUGAUUAUCAAAAUCAAAACACAAUUAAAAUAGAAUCAGCGGAAGAAGUGAAACACGAAUAUAUUUGUGAUACUAAAGAACACUUUAAUUUAAAUCUUGACUGUAAGCUAAAUUACGAUAUGGAUAUAGUUUUUGAAUGUGAAGAUGUCAAGCCCAAUAUGGAUUAUCCAGUAAUUAAACAAAUUGGAGAUGGUUAUAAAAACCAAAACGAAAUUAAAAUAGGGACCUCGGGGAAAGUGAAACAUGAAUUUGUUGGCGACGCUGCAGAAGAUUCGAAUUUGAAUAUCGACUGUGAAAUUGCCCAAGAAAAUAAAAAAAGAAGAAUCACAAAAAAGUUUAACAACGCACAAACGUCUCACGCAUGCGAAAUAUGCGGAAAGAAAUAUUCAAAUAAGGCUAACGUGAAUUUGCACAUUAAAUCAUCCCAUCGAGGUAUUAUUCACCCGUGUGAUCUAUGUGGUAAGACGUAUUCGCGAAAAGGUAAUCUCAAAUCUCACAUUAGCGCCGUACACAAUGGUACCAAGCACAAAUGUGAUAUUUGCGGCAAGACAUUUUCACAAAGAUACAAUCUCAAAGCCCACAUCGAUACUAUACAUAAUGGCACCAAACAUACAUGUGAUGUAUGCGGAAAGUCAUUUAAACAGAAGAAAAAUCUUAAAAUUCACGUCGAUACGGUGCACAAUGGCACCAAACAUAUAUGUGACAUAUGCGGCAAGACAUUUUCACAAAGAUCCAAUCUCAAAACCCACAUCGAUAGAAUACAUAAUGGUAUCAAACAUACAUGUGAUAUUUGUGGAAAACAAUUUACAAGUAAGCAGUAUGUUGAAGUUCACAUCGAUUCUGUGCACAAUAAUGGCACCAAACACACAUGUGCUAUUUGUGGCAAGACAUUUUCACAAAGAUGCAAUCUCAAAACACACAUCGAUACAAUACAUAAUGGCACGAAACAUACAUGUGAUGUAUGCGGAAAGUCAUUUAAACAGAAGAAAAAUCUUAAAAUUCACGUCGAUUCAUUGCAUACUGGUAUCAAGCAUAAAUGUGAUAUUUGCGGAAGACAAUUUUCAAGUAAGAAUUAUCUUGAAGUUCACAUCGAUACUGUGCACAAUGGUAUCAAACAUACAUGUGCUGUUUGUGGGAAACAAUUUUCAAGUAAGAAUUAUCUCGAAUGUCACAUCGAUACGGUGCAUAAUGGCACCAAACAUACAUGUGACAUAUGCGGCAAGACAUUUUCACAAAGAUCCAAUCUCAAAACACACAUCGGUACAAUACAUAUUGGCACCAAACAUACAUGUGAUGUAUGCGGAAAGUCAUUUAAACAGAAGAAAAAUCUUAAAAUUCACGUCGAUUCAUUGCAUACUGGUAUCAAGCAUAAAUGUGAUAUUUGUGGAAGACAAUUUUCAAGUAAGAAUUAUCUUGAAGUUCACAUCGAUACUGUGCACAAUGGUAUCAAACAUACAUGUGACGUAUGCGGAAAGAAAUUCUCAGGGAAAAGUUAUCUCAAAACCCAUAUCGAGACGGUGCAUUGUAAAAUCACGCACACAUGCGAUACAUGCGGAAGAACAUUUUCAAAAAAGUUUAAUCUGAAAGCCCACAUCGAUAAGAUACAUAACUCACUCAUUAAAACUAAAUGA